AGGGGCGGGAGAACUUCGGGAAGCCCCCGACCAGCCACCAGAGGAGAGCAGAAGGUGACGGGAAGGAGGUCACUGCUGAGUGUUCGCUGUAGACUUCACAGGCUGGUUUUUCCCUCCCCUGCUUCCUCCCAACAUGAGCCUGUGGCGGAGAUUGACCCCGCUGGUGUCCAAGGGGCGAAGUUUAGCCACGGCACCGGCCAGCGCCAGGGGUCACCACGGGGACGGGACAGGAGCCAGGACAUGGCGGAUCCUGUCAUUUGUGGUGGCGGUGCCCGGCGUGGCUAUCUGCAUGCUGAACGCCUGGCUGCAGAUGGAGAAUCACCCCUACAAGCCCGAGGAGUUCGUGCCCUACCACCACCUGCGUAUUCGCACCAAGAUUAACCCCCUGCCGGCUUCCCGGGGGUGCGGAUUAACCCCCCCCCCCCAGGGAGAGUCUCUCCUGCCCAGCGCGCUCUGCAGAUGUCCCCCGCUUGGCUGCAUUUCCUGGGCUGACGGGAACCACUCCCUCUUCCACAACCCCCACACCAACCCCCUGCCCACAGGCUACGAAGAAGCAAGGGGUCAUCACUGAGCCACCCGCCCUCGGGUCCCCCGGUCUAGUGACAAUAAACCUGAAUGGAUCCGUC